GGGAGGAGGAGGCGGGGAGGGAAGCGGAGGCUGGGGAGCUCUGGGCCGGCCGGCGGCGGCGGCGGCGGCGGCGGCUGCGGAAAGGCGGGGGUUCGAGGUGAGGACCUGCUGUGGCAGCAGGGCAGUCGGAGCUCAGCAGCGGGUUUCUCUGGAAACCCUCCUGGUAAGUGUGGAGGAGGCGGGACACUCUGACCCAAGACAAAAGGCCUGUAGCUCCAGCCAAAGAAAAUAAACCUUAGGAAGAAAAACCCCACCAGAAACAACAAUACCCAUCAGCUGUUCCCGAGAGCAGCCCGCAGUGGAGUCUACAGAGCACCGCUCCUGGGAGGGAGGAAGUGACGGUGUGGAUGUGGGGACAGUAAGUCACGUGGACCGGAGGGCCUGGCCGGGGUGAGGAACGGUGGUGCGUGCAGAGGCGAGGCGUGGAGAAGGGAAAAGUGAAUGUGGCCCAGAGUGUGGCCUGGGCUCCACGGGGAGUGCUUUCCUGUGAGGCCAUCAGGGAACUCAGCCCCUGUGCCCUGCCAGGGUGGGGUGCGGGUUUGGCAUUGAGCGGGGGGUAACUUGCUGGCUGGAGCAGCAGAGCAGUGGCCUUGAUUUGACUUUUGGAAGAUUUUAAAAACCAAAAAACAUAAACGUUGUGGUCCUUCAGCAAUGCUUUCUCUGAAGAAAUACUUAACGGAAGGACUCCUCCAGUUCACCAUUCUGCUGAGUUUGAUUGGGGUGCGGGUGGACGUGGAUACUUACCUGACCUCUCAGCUCCCCCCACUCCGGGAGAUCAUCCUGGGGCCCAGUUCCGCCUACACUCAGACCCAGUUCCACAACCUGAGGAAUACCUUGGACGGCUAUGGUAUCCACCCCAAGAGCAUAGACCUGGACAAUUACUUCACCGCCCGGCGGCUCCUCAGUCAGGUGAGGGCCCUGGACAGGCUCCAGGUGCCCACCACCGAGGUCAGCGCCUGGCUGGUCCACCGGGAUCCGGAGGGCUCUGUCUCCGGCAGCCAGCCCAGCUCAGGCCUUGCCCUCGAGAGUUCCAGUGGCCUCCAGGAUGUGACAGGCCCAGACAACGGGGUGCGAGAAAGCGAAACGGAGCAGGGAUUCAGCGAAGAUUUGGAGGAUUUGGGGGCUGUGGCCCCUCCAGUCAGUGGAGACUUAACCAAAGAGGACAUAGAUCUGAUUGACAUACUUUGGCGACAGGAUAUUGACCUGGGGGCUGGGCGUGAGAUUUUUGACUAUAGUCAUCGCCAGAAAGAACAAGAUGUGGAUAAGGAACUGCAAGAUGGAGUGGAGCAGGAGGACACCUGGCCAGGAGAGGGAGAAGAAGUUCUGGCACCAAACCUGCUAGUGGAUGGAGAAACUGGGGAGAGCUUCCCUGCCCAGGUGCCUGGUGGGGAGAACCAGACAGCCCUGUCCUUGGAAUUGUGCCUUAGGCUGCUGGAGGCCACCUGCCCCUUUGGGGAGAAUGCCGAGUUCCCAGCAGACAUUUCCAGCUUAACAGAAGCAGUGCCUAGUGAGAGUGAGCCCCCAGGUCUUCAGAACAACCUCUUGUCUCCUCUCCUGACGGGGACAGAGUCACCAUUUGAUUUGGAGCAGCAGUGGCAAGAUCUCAUGUCCAUCAUGGAAAUGCAGGCCAUGGAAGUGAACACAUCAACAAAUGAGAUCCUGUACAAUAACCCUCCUGGAGACCCACUGAGCACCAACUACAGCCUUGCCCCCAACACUCCCAUCAAUCAGAAUGUCAGCCUGCAUCAGGCAUCCCUGGGGGGCUGCAGCCAGGACUUCUCCCUUUUCAGCCCUGAGGUGGAGAGCCUGCCUGUGGCCAGCAGCUCCACACUGCUCCCACUGGUCCCCAGCAACUCCACCAGCCUCAACUCCACCUUUGGCUCCACCAACCUGACAGGCCUCUUCUUUCCACCCCAGCUCAAUGGCACAGCCAAUGACACGGCAGGCCCCGAGCUGCCUGACCCACUGGGGGGUCUGUUAGAUGAAGCCAUGCUGGAUGAGAUCAGCCUCAUGGACCUGGCCAUUGAAGAAGGCUUUAACUCCGUGCAGGCCUCCCAGCUUAAAGAGGAAUUUGAUUCUGACUCAGGCCUCUCCUUGGACUCUAGCCAUAGCCCUUCCUCCCUGAGCAGCUCUGAAGGCAGCUCCUCCUCCUCCUCUUCCUCCUCCUCCUCCUCCUCUUCUGCUUCCUCCUCAGCCUCUUCCUCCUUCUCUGAGGAAGGUGCCGUUGGCUACAGCUCUGACUCUGAAACCCUGGAUCUAGAGGAGGUCGAGGGCGCUGUGGGCUACCAGCCUGAGUAUUCCAAGUUCUGCCGCAUGAGCUACCAGGAUCCGUCUCAGCUCUCUUGCCUGCCCUACUUGGAGCACGUGGGCCACAACCACACGUACAACAUGGCACCCAGUGCCCUUGACUCUGACAAGCAGAUGAGCCGGGAUGAGCAUCGAGCCCGAGCCAUGAAGAUCCCCUUCACCAAUGACAAAAUCAUCAACCUGCCUGUGGAGGAAUUCAAUGAGCUGCUGUCCAAAUACCAGCUCAGCGAAGCCCAGCUAAGCCUCAUCCGGGAUAUCCGGCGCCGGGGCAAGAACAAGAUGGCAGCGCAGAACUGCCGCAAGCGCAAGCUGGACACCAUCCUGAACCUGAAGCGGGACGUGGAGGACCUGCAGCGUGACAAAGCCCGACUGCUGCGGGAGAAGGUAGAGUUCCUCCGGUCCCUGCGGCAAAUGAAGCAGAAGGUUCAGAGCCUGUAUCAGGAGGUGUUUGGGCGGCUGCGAGAUGAGAAUGGGCGACCCUACUCGCCCAGUCAGUAUGCUCUCCAGUACGCCGGGGAUGGUAGUGUCCUCCUCAUUCCCCGCACCCUGGCCGACCAGCAGGCCCGGCGGCAGGAGAGGAAGCCAAAGGACCGGAGAAAGUGAGCCGGGAGGAAGGGGGGUUGACACUCACCAAGAUUGAAACUGGAGGAGGGCUGGGCCUGGACCUGGACCUACAGUGGGGGACUUGAAUGCCUUGUUAUCCAAUAGAUCUGCUCAGACAGGAUGACUGUGGGUCAGUGGACAGGAAGAGGUGAGCACAGGCGCUGUCUGGCUCAGCUUCCCCACUGGGGAAUGUUGAAGUUGCCAGACUGUUUGGGUGGACAGGGUCUUCACCCAUCCCCCUUUCCUUUGAGGGGAGAGGGGUGGUGAUGGCAUUGAUGGAGGCUGACAAAGGGGAAGGGACUUGAGAGAGGAGAGAAAAGAAGUAGGAAGUCUCAUUCCAGGAAGAAAGGAAGGAAAGAAAAACCAAAUAGAAAAAAAAAAAUAAAAAAAAAAAAUCAAAGCUGGAAGAAAAAAAAAUGCAGGUUAAGAUCGAAUCUGGCCAGGAUUCCAGGCAACAGGUUUUAGGUGGGACGAGGUCGUUGGUGUGAGUAAACCCCACUUCACUCCAGGGGAGGGGCUUUGUGAACUCAUUCUACUCCCACUCGGAUACCCACGAAGGGGAGCUCUCCGGUAAUGAACGUUUCAACAUGGGAGCUACUGGGACCCAAUACUAGUUUGAGGGUUAGGAUUAAAGGGUAGUGAAGAGGAAAGAGUCACAAGGCCCCAUGUUGCAGCAGCCCCAACACCAAGCAUGCCACUCACUGUCCCGUCACCCCUUCUCCCCUGGUGCCCAGUCACCGAGCUGAGGUUCCCAUGACUUCAUCAGAGCUUGCAUGCAAAUGCUGUUCUCUUCCCUGCCCACACCAGCUGCCCAGAGCUCUUUUGCACCUGGGUGCUGGCAGUGCCCCCAGCAAUGGGCCUACAGCCUUCUGGGGGCUGCUCUGAGGCAGGGGGAUGAUGUGGAGAAGCCAGGUAGUAUUCAGCACAACACUGGGGAGUGACCCCCUCAGACCUCCCACCAACUGGGCUUGUCACUGGAAAAGCCAAAACAAUGAAACCCAGCAACAACAAAAUACUAGUCCUCUUAGAGGUUCUUGCGCUUUGAUUUUUUUAGGGCUUGAGCCCUGUUUCACUUAUAGGGUCUAGAAUGCUUGUGUUGAGUAAAAAGGAGAUACCCCAAUAUUCAAAGCUGCUAAUGUUCUCUUUGCCAUAAAGACUCCGUGUAACUGUGUGAACAUUUGGGAUUUUUCUCCUCCGUCCUGAGGUCUCUGUCUGCUUUCUUUUGAGUUUCUUCCUAGGAGGAUUAGAAGUGCAUGAAUGGAGGUUUACAGCAUCUUCCCUCUGCCCCAGGCUCUUGGCCAUAGGCAACUUCUCAGCACCCUGAGCUCAGCAAGGGCUCCUGAGGGACUGCCUGGGGGAAGCAGAGAGGGGAGUGCCAAGGUGGCCACAUGGUUCCAGGACCUGUGUCUACUUUUAACUGUGCUACUGCUGCUUCCCCCUCCCCCCAGGCUGACUAGAGUAGUUUGGACUAGCAGGAGUUAAAUGGGGGAAAUACUGGUUCUCCCCACUUUGGGGGAGGGUAACAUUAAUUGAGCAGUAGGGCCAGAAGGCAUGAGCCUGGGAAGUGCUUUUAUAAAUUAUUUUCCUUGUAGAUUUUAUUUUUAAUUUAUCUGUGACCUGCCAGGGAAGGGAGAGAAGAGGUUGUGAGCACAUGACAAAAAUAAAAUAAAAUGGAUGAUUCAUUCUCAAGUGCAAUUUUUCCCUAUCUUGAAUUUAAACAGUAAGUAGGCCUCAGGAGGGCUGGCCAUUGUGUGACUAAGGCAGAGCUUACUUGGGAAGGCGGGUAGACAAGUAAUUUAGAAAGGACAGAAUAGUCUUAAAUACUGUAUUAAUAACCCUUCCAGGCAGGUGUUAGGUAUCUGUUCACAAGGUUUACCAGCCGAGUCCUCAGAGGAAGGAUUCAGAAUCCUUUUGGCUUUUCUCAAAAGGCAUGCCAAAGGCUUCAGUGUAAACUAGCAUGGCCACAGAACUGGAGGAGCAGGAAGCCAGACCCCAGGGUUUUGAGGCAUCGGAAAGCCCCAGCCGAGGUAACUGGAAGCUGACACACAAACGCCUCUGCCUUAAUAUCAAGCCUUUGAGGUGCUGAAUGCUGCGAGGUACUGGGUGGUAGCUGGAACUGCCAUAUGCCCAUCUUGAGGUAGAUGCCAAAUGCCCAAGUAAUGAAUACUCAGUGGCAGGCUGAGAUUACUGGACAAGAUUUAUUCACUUGAUCUUGGCCAAAAAGCUGAGAAGCAGUUCAAGACAAGAUUUAUGACCAGAAGCCAUGAUCCUAGUAAUAGAACCUGUGAUCUUUAAUUUCCCCUGCACCACUGUGUGAACUGGCUCGGCCUAGUCCUUCAGUGAUGCUGCUAGAGUUUAUCCUGAGGGAUGGAAUAGAAUUCCCGGAACAACAUUGAUUUCUUAAACUUGUUUCAAUUUACAAUGGCUUUCCUCUUACCUCUAGCUGGAAAGGACUGGUCAUAUUAACAAGAGCUCUUCCUGCAUGAGGAAUUAAGCAGUGUUUUUUGUCAGUCAGGUAAAACCAAGAUUCUCAAAGUGAAAAAAGGGACAAAAUUAAGAAAUUCACUACUAAGAAAAUACAAAUUGUUAUGUAGAAGAAUAAAUUGACAAGUAAAAUUCAAAAAGUAUAUAUUUUGUAUUCCUUCUAGAAACAAAUAUUUUGGGUUUAACAAUAUUAGGCUAUACCUUUUGUUUUGCAACUUCUUUUUUAGCAUGAGAUAUAAAGGUUUUUCAAGUGAAACAUUCCUCUUACCCUUUUUACUAGUGUUGCCUCUAGUCUGGGAAAGUAUUUUUGUCACCCCCUUUCCCAUGUCCCCUUAUGGAGAUCUACAGCUGUAUCUAGGGUCAUGUUGAUUAGAUGGGGCUUCGGGCCAAGUUGGUCAGCACUGCUGUGGGGCUGACCUCUUUUGCUGCUGGCUGGUGGAAUGGGUGUUCCAGCUUCAAGGUUUUUUCUGUCAAGAUAGGACUCACUUAAAGCCUGUUAAAAACCUGCUACACUUAAGACAAGAAGUUGAGAAGAGAUGAAUAGGCCUCAAUCCUUAACUACAGACCAAAUUUCAGCAUGACCUGCUUGGCUAGGGGUAGAAACUUGCUCUGUCUUGACUUCAGCAGUGCUAGGCUUCACUCAAACCAUUUCCCCAUACAUCAUCAUUCACGUGAGACGGAAACAGACUCACUGUUUUAACAUCUGCCCUGCAGAUUUCACCAAUGAAGAUGGGGCUAUUUCAGUAUCAUUAAAAAAAAACAACACAAAACACACACACAAAAACCUGAAAGGGUAAAAUAGUAUCUGCAAUACCUGGCCCUCCAUGGCUGACUUCUCACCUUUUCCAGGGAAAGCUAAACAGCAUCUAGUCAAACAGCUGGUGAUCGGGGUAGUACUUUCCAAAGAACCUCAUCUUCCUCAGGCUGCCCUACUCCCUGCUUUUACAGCCCCAGAUUACACCAGGCCUUGCUGCUCUUCAGGUUUAGCAAAUAGCUGGAAAAAACAAGUGCCUUGCAGAAAAAAAUAACCCCAACACCAUCAAGCCGCCUUCCACAUCCAGUAGGCACCGACUUAGAGCAACAGCUUUAUUUUUUAAAUUGAUUUUUAUGGAGAGAAACACUGACUAUCCCAUUUACGCAUUCACUGGUUGCUUUCUGCAUAUGCCCUCACCAGAUAUCAAGCCUGCAACCUUGGUGCAUGUGGAAAAGGCUCCAACCCAACUGAAUCACCUGGCCAGAGCCAGAGCAACAGCUUUAGCUCAGACUAAAUCAGGAGUUUUAGUGCAUCUCCAGCCAGAGUUUGUUUUCUUACUGAUGCCAUCUAUAUGCCAGUAAGGUACUAGGUUGGUAUCUGCCUCUGGAAGUUGUUUUCCCAGCCAAGUGUAGAAAUUCUCUAGCAAAGCCGAGGUGCUUGGCUAUCCUAAGUGAUUGAACCUUGUUUUCUUACCACCCAUUCAGCUAGAAAGUGAAUGGUGAGCCAUAGACUUUUUGUCAUUUUGUCAGUGUACCACGAACAGCAACCCUUCUUUGACCUUUACUUUCUCACUGAGGGGUUAGUCAUUUCCUUGUCUCUAUCUUCUGACUUCAUCGUGGGGCAUGUGGGAACUCUGGGAAUACAUGGGAAACUCAACACCCUAUUUGAUUUCUAGUCCUUGUUCUGUCCAGGGAUCCUUUGAAAAUGCACAUUUGCCUAAAUUAGCUGAUUAACAGAAUCUAGUACACCAGGUGUCUCCUGAUAUGAGUAUGGGACCUUGCUAAAGAGUUGUGUUCAGAAUCAGUUGGAUAGAAACUCUGUCUUCCUUUUAGAGCAAACAAAAAUACCAAUGGUAGUCUCAAAGUUGGUUCUUUUCCAGUCCAACUUUAACUGGACUGGCGAUAGACUGCACAGUAAAUGUUACUUCAUUACAGAUAUUUCAACCAAGGAAAUAAAACCUCGUUCAGUCCACAUGGGGAAGGGUGGAGAAAGACCACAGUUGGUGCUCUGCCCUGACCAGAGCCAGGCCCCAAAGUUCCCCUGCCUGACCACAAACAGUAAACGGCGGGACUGGUCAAAGUCAACUAGGAUCUAAAAGUCCACAUGGGUAAACAUGGCUUUGGUGCUAUUACCACCAUGCAAACCAACAAGGUCAUAGUGCAGUCAGGGCUGCUGCUGAAUAUUUUAACACAAGCUAUUAACAUAAACAAGAACUAUAGAACUGAAUUGUCAGCACGUUGUAAACUUAUUGUUUCAACCUUACCUUGGAGUUCUGUCACCUCACUGAUCUAAAUAAG